GGCACCCUGCUCCUGCUCGUUUCUGUCUUCACUUUGUGCGACAACUGAUGCCUGUAUGUGUAAGAGCGUGAAACAGGCAACUCUGGCCCUGGGAUCUCUUGGAAAAACGAGAUUACACACCGAUCAGUGGUUUUCCAGUGUAUCGCCAGAUCUGUUCGCUGUCAAAGCCAUUUACACACUCUAUAUCCUACCUGUGCUUGGACGACCUUAGGCAGCAUGCAACAUGCUAGCAAGUCAAAAAAUAUGUUGCAAGUAACAAUUGGAUUUUUUAAACUUCUGUUUAUUAUAUGGGUUAGUCUUGGUACAAAAGGAUCACACUGGCCGCCCUCUGACAUUAACUUGCAUCAUACAGAAGCUGAUCACACAACCGCUGAACUGGUAGAAGAGUUUGUAGACAAGGAGAUGCACAGAAGCAGAUGAUGCAUCUUUCUGCUUCCCUUCUUUAGCAGCCUGGAGACAGUUCUUUAAAUUUUCUGUCUCCCCAUCUUAAGUGCUAUUUUUUGAGACACAUUGUUGAAGAAGGUUUUUUUAAGCAUUUCUUUAAUCAGAAAUACUUUGGAGAUCAGAAACUACCAGGACGUUUUUAAAGUGUACCCUAAUGUCUUCCAUGGCUGUCUCUCUGUCUGGUAAAUUAUCAGUUUCCUCCUUCUCUGGGAACAGGAACCUGGGAUAUGUAUGGACUCUUGUUGGUUAGGACAGCUCAUUUUCCCUGUCAUCCUCCCACAAACCAGACACUCACCUAAUUUUUUUUUAAGAUUAUCAAUCUGCUGAAGUUUUAGUGCCCUAGUUUCUUACUGCAAUCUAUUAUUGUAAUUUUCAUGGCUCUAAUAUUCUGAAGGAUCAUAGGUGAUUUUGGAAGAAAAAGCAUUGAUAAAUGCUAGUGCUGCUACACUUAAUUUCUCAUUUUUAUGUAUUUGUGAAUGAAGGGCAAGUUAGUUGAAAUUCUAGACCAGAUUUCAACAGAAAUUUAGGGGAUUGUGUUUAGUUUUUCACUUUGAACAUACGAAAAUUUUUAAUAGGAGUCAUACUAAAUGUUUUUUAGCAAUCUUUUUGAAGACAGAAUGACCAAAAUGUAAUAUAUUAUACAAUUUAUACUUCGUAAGACAUUUAGAUAUGAAUAGACCUUAUUUUAUUCCCCCUUGAAAAUUUAUGUAAUCUGUCUAGUCUUCUCAGCUGGUAAAACUUCAGUGAGUUCUGCAUCCAGAACUUGCAUUCAGCAAGAAUAGCUGACCUAUUUGAAGGAGUUCACAAAAUAGCAGUGGUAGUUGGAGAUCAAGAAAGCAUUCUCUCUGAGGGAAAAGAGAAAGAUUUAUUUAGUUCAAAGACAAGACUGAAGGCAAGCUAAUAUCUAAUAAGUGUUUAAAGUUGUAAAAUGUUCUGCAUGGAAGAAAAGGAGCAAUUUUGUUCUCUGUAUUCGCUAUAUAAGGGAAAUUAGAAGAAAAUUAAAUUUAAGUAUUAGGGAAAGAGUAAUAAGAGGUAAGAAGACAAUGAAAUAGUUUGGGAACGCUGUAAAAUCUUCAUCAAAGGUCUCUAAGAGAAGAUUAGACCAAUGAUCUCCAAGAAAGGGAACUGAGACUGGUUUGGAAAGGAAGUCUUAGGACCCUGCUACUGGUUUUACUGGGACUAAAGAACAGAAAAGACUUUGAAGGUAAUCAGACAAAAGCCAUGGAAGAAUAUAGGCUUUUAAACACUGAUACAUCUGCAUGCUACUUGGGAGGCAAGCAUGAGCUCACACAAAGCAACUGACCUGAGAGCAGUACAACACACAUGACCUAGUACUAAGAUAAAAAGGCCCACUCAGGGCCUGACACUAUUUUUGGAGUUCCAAAUGGAAGACUUUUUAUCUUUAUGUAGGCACUUUUUGCUGAAGGAGGGCAAGAUUUUAACAGUCUUAUGUGCAAACCAAGACAAAUGAAACUUACGAAAAUAUAUCCAAAACACUAAGGUUAAACUGCAUUUAACAAAAUAAAAAACCUUCAAAAUCCUGCGUUCAUAUGCAUUUAUUUGAACUUACGUACAAAACAAAAUAAAAGUGCGUGUGGUAAGUGAGAAACAUGCUAUGUGUAGAAACCUCUGCAGUGUGUUAAUAUGCAUGUGUAAAGUAUCUUCUGUCCUUUGUGAGGACUGCAAAAGACACAUACAUGCAGAUUUUUGAUACACCUACUUAAUUUUUAAAUACUCUUAGGCCAGAAGAACACUUCAGCCCACUGUACCAUAAUAUUAAAAAAAGUACCCACUUGAGUUGGAUUUUUUUGCAUGUAGUCCACUAUCAGCACUCUUGGUUACACAAAAUACAACAAAAUAACAAUCAUGCUAUGUGUGUCAUUACGCAUAUACUAAGCAUUAAUUUCUCUUAUGUAAGUGUAAUUUUAAAUAAAAGAUAUAUGCUGAACUAAGAAGAACCUCUCAAAGGGUAUAACUAACUAAACAAAAUAAAUAAAUAAAAGACCUUUUAUAUUGCAGUAAAGCUUGGAAGAUAUUAUACAGUUGAGGAGGAUGUUUACAUCAGCUCAAAUGCCAGUGAUCAGUCUUUUAUCUGAUUGUUGUGAGGUCUAUCACCAAGUUGUUUUUGCCCUGCUCCAAUCAUCAGCUUCAAAUGAAGCAGCUGUUCAAAAGAUAGCAGGAUAUCCUCUUCUCUAAGGUGAAAAGAACGUGUAGAGAGACUUAAAUAUAUCAUUUGGAUUAAAAAUACACAGCAUAAAAAGUGUUGCAAGGGAUGUAUCACAUCAUAUCAAGAAGGUAUUUGAGUAGAUGAGGAUAUGGCUGUACCUAAAGAGAAUGUCUGAGCUAGCUGCAUGCAAAAUGUCUUUCAGUCCAUCCUGGUUGAUCUUAGAUUGGAGGAUCACACUGAACUGUUGUAAAAUUAAAUUCAUGCUAGAAGUGUGUGAAUAGAAUUUGUGAAGAAUAAAUUAAUUAGGACAGCUUUAAAGUGUUUGAAAGUCAUAACUGAUAACCAUUCUCUCAAUACCCUGUGGUGCCUAGUGUCAUAACAGCAAAGGGAUACAAAGUACUUCUAAAAAUUAUCAAAGAAUGAAUUUACUUUUUAAAAAAAUCAUUCAUAGACAGGUUCAUUAUAUGUUCCACUUUUGAAAUGUGUCUGAUACAGAAAGUAGCAGCACUGAUUUAGGUAGGAUAGUAAAAACUAAGUUUUAGUUCAGUAAAAACUGAAGUUCUGCUUAAGUCAAAGCAUUUGAAUAAUUCAGUUUUUGUCAGGAACAAGACAGGUUACUAGUAUAAGUUCUUAGCUUUUAUGUGUCUCUUGCAUGAUCUUUUGCUUGUCUGUCUUAAGAUUCAUUAAUGAACAUUUAAUAAAAAUACAUUUUAAUUGUGAUAUUGCAAGGAAAUACUUAAUGUUUGCCUUAAUUUCACUUCUUAAACUGAGAGUGGAUCUGAUUGUUAAAAACUGCAUGUAUACUUGAGCUCAGAUUCUGCUGUAUGUACCUAUGUUAAUGCUUGUCAUUCUCAAACUAUAUUUCAGAUCUUUACUUUUGUAGAAAAGUAAACAAUGCAAUGAAUUAAGACCUCAGAUGUAAAUAAAAGAUAAUAAGUAACUUCUCUGUCUGUUUCAUUGUCUUUGAUUGCAUCAGAAAACAAGGCAGAAAAGGGAAAGGUCAAAAUUGUGAAAAUGCAAAAGUCUGUAUGUUUCAACAAGGCAAACUGCUCUUCAGACAACCUUUAGUGAAGACCUCAAAGUUGCUUUAGUGAAAACUAAAAAAAAAUUAAAUGUUAAAAUUGUUGCAAAAUUAGAUGUUUGGACUCUGAAACUUUUUACACUGAUUUUUAGUUUUAUAGUCCGGCAUGCCCGUCAAUGAGUGCAGUGCACUUUAGCAUUCUGAGUAGGCCUAACUCUAGUAUAGAGCUUGAGUUGCCAUGUAGAUGAAAUUUUUUUUUUUUUUAAUGUAGCUAGCACAAGGGGGUAAAAACAUAAGUACUCUGAAACAAAAGUUGGAGGAUAUUUGGAAAAAACAUGACAAAAAAGGAAGACUUUGGAAUAAGGUAGAGAAGACUAGAGAGACAAUUAUGAUGCUGCAAGACACAAAAAAUAGAGUAUUUGUUUUGUCCUUCUGGUGUCUUAAUGUAAGUCCUGUUUCACAAAGAGGUUAAUACAGAGGUUCUUGAAAAAUGGUUGCAUCAGUAGUGCUCAUCCUUGCACACAAACUAAUUUAAGGGAGCUAGCCUCCAGGGGCAUGUUGAGAAAAGAAUCUGUUAUCUAUGGUUUUAUGUUAGCAUUCAUUAUUGUUAUGUGGCAUUUUAUGUGUGUAUGUUUCUUUAUUGCUUAGGGUAGCAGUGACUUAUUGCUAUGGCCAUAUUCCAGAAAAACUGGAGUUCUCUUAUCUUUUGUCCAAAUAUUGGACAAGCUUUUUGUUUGGUUGAUUGGUCAGCUUUGUUUUAUUUUCGUUUUAGUUGUUUUGUUGUUUUUGCUUUCUAGUUCUUUUUGCAACCUGGAAAUAAAACCAACUGUUUCAUGUUACUAUUUAAAACAUCUAGAUGGCAUGCUACACAAAAUCAGAGUGUAUUUGCAAGUAAAAUAUUAGUCUCCUCUACAGUGUUGAGAAUAUUUAUGGACUUCAAGGUCUCAAGAGAAAAUUGGUGUUUCAAAAGGUGACCAAAUUGUUUGCUUUGUGGUCUUUACAGGUCAACAUACAGAGCUGCAAAAUCCCAAGCUGACAUAAUGAACAGCCAAGAGGCUGGUGUUCUCUGUUGCUGGAAAUGUAGGAAAUAUGUAGCAAAUUCUGUUUUUCUUGCAAAAUGUAAUGGGAAAAAAACAUCCAAAAUAUAUCAACCUUCAGCUGCCGCUCAGAAUUGUUGCAAUGUAUGGCAUGUGAGCUUAGAAGCCAUUCCAGAGUGGGUGAAAUGUGUCAUUGAAAAGGCACAGUGGACAAUUGGAAAACUGCACUGUCCAUUCUGUGAGGCCUGCUUAGGGGGCUUUAACUUUGUUUGCAACAAAGAAUGUUCCUGUGGACAGUUAGUAAAUAUAAAUUUCUUCAAAAUUUGGACUGAGAAUCCAGUUAAAUUGUCAAAAUCACCAGGGAAACAUUUGCUUCUCAAAAUUCAGUCUGGUUUUAACAAGGAUACCUGCCAUGAAGUGGUAACUGCAACUUUGGAAAUCAUAAAUCAAGGGCUUUCUUACACUGCUGGAAAUAAUAAUAGUGCUGGAAGAUUAACAGAAGCACUUUGUCUAGAAGUAAGAGCUCCCAGAUAUGAGAUCGAAAGUAAAAAACUUCCAUUAAAGGCAUUAAAUCAAAAAAGAAAUCUCCUUUCUUCCUAUCCUGUAAAAGAUACAUGCACUGUAAAACCUUUUCACAGAAGAUCAUGUAGCUUGGAUUUAAAUAUCAGAGAAAGACUUGUUUUGUCACCUGUGUUAUCUGAAACUUGCAGCAUGGGAACACUUUACCAUGGCCAAAAUGAAAAUCCAUCUGCUUACAUACAAGGGAGCUUGCAAUUAGAGUCCAGUAGGAAAGAUGGUAGUUCUUUUCAGGAUCUGUAUAGUUCCAGGGCUGACAUACUACAAAACAAAUUUCAGGUUAGUUCCGUUACCACAUUACUACACAGAGAUACUGAAAGUGAGUGUGAUUUUGAAGUUACUGGACAGUCUUCUGGGAGUGUCAUUUCUGAUGGGUCACCAUUUGUGAUGAAUCUUUCCUUGCCUAGAAGGACUGUAGAAAACAAACAGUACAUCACAUCUUGUGGUCUUGCGCAGUCUAUGAGCAUUUCCUUCAACCAAAAGCUGAGUAAGAGAGAAAGAAACAAGUCAAAAAGCCUGAGGAGAAAACACAGAAUGAUAGAGCAAUGUCUACAGAAGCAACCUGCAAAUGAUAACCUGCAUACAAAUGAUGAGCAUGAACUCCGAGGAGAUAAAGAAAGCUAUCUCUGUGCUGUGUGCCUGGAUGUUUAUUUCAACCCUCACAUGUGUUAUCCAUGCCACCAUAUCUUUUGUGAACCUUGCUUGAGGGUGCUUGCCAAAGACAAUCCAGCCAGCACUCCAUGUCCACUGUGUCGCACUACAAUUGCCAGAGUCUUUUUCCAAACAGAUCUGAAUAACUGUACCAGAUCUUUUUUCCCUAUGGAAUAUUUGAAUCUAAAGGAAAAUUUUCAAAAAUCCAAUUCUGCUAAAUGGCCUCUACCAAACUGCAAGAAAGCAUUCAGAGUUUCUGAAGGUUUUCGAAGGCGCGCAACUACUGUAACAAGGAGGCAUUUCCCACAUGCUGCUCACAGGAUGGAUUAUAUGGACUUCGAGGAUGAUAGCUGUGGAUGGCGGUUUGAUAUGGACAUGGUGAUCAUCUACAUUUAUUCACUCAACUGGAUAAUAGGAUUUAUUGUUUUCUGUUUCCUUUGUUAUUUCUUUUUCCCUCUUUAGGCUGUAGAAGUAACAGUUAAGGAAAAUGACAGUCAUGUGAACAAAAAAAUUGUGAAUAUAAAAGUAUUGGAAAAAGGUAAAAUGUUUGAUACUGCAUUUUUAUCAUUCAGAAUUGGAAUACACUUCAUCAAGCAUGCUGUGAAGCUGUUCAGUACUUCUGCUAUAUGUGACAAAGUAUUUGAGUUUGGUUACAGAUGUAAUGUGAAAUCCACAUCAUAGUUCAUUCAGUUGGAGUUUUGCCUUUGGAAGAUUUUCAUGGGAAAAGAAUUUACCCCUAAUUUGUAAAAUGAUUACUCUGUAGAAGUACUCCUAGUUUUUAGGGGGGAUCUGUGUACUAUGAAGAAUGUAAUCUAUAGAAUCAUUUGGGAGUUUGACUCUGUGUUGACACGCUUCACUCACUCAUUGAUGCUUCAAUUCCUCAUACAUAAAAGCUAUAAAGAAGCUUCCCAUUUUCACUCAGAUCUUUUGGGAGCAGGAGCAGUCCUGUACCGUGCAUUAUAUAGACAUUCAUCAGAGCUGUUUCAGUGCCACGAUCCAAAUCCUGGAAAAUUUUGACAACUGAUAGACUUAUCAGCAUUCCACUGUGAUAUUUUGAGCCUAUUAACCAAAAAGAAAAAUUACACUGCAGUGUGCUGCCAGUUCAUUUCUUCAGCAAAGAGCAAUAAGAAGGAAUCAGCUAACAACCACAAGUUCUGCACAAUAAGAGGACCAUUUUUGUGCAGAUUUGCAGUGUAGCACCAUACCUUUUUUACCCAUUUAGAUGAGUGUGUUUGGAUCCAGCAAGACUAAUGAAGGGCAACCAGCAGGCCUGCCAGCUAUGAUGCUGUGAGAUACUGACCCAACUAAAUACUGGAGACAGAAGCAUUCUCCAGUGGAAGAAAUCAGUAUCAUUAUUAAAUUGCUGUAAAAAUUGAGGAUACUUUUAAAUGUGGGCUCUCCAGGACUUUAUGUCUCAUGGGAGAGUACAUAACAGGGCACAGUAUUUAUUUGCACCUUUCUUAUGAAACUAUUCUAAAGCACUUUAUAAUUAUUCUAUAUAUGGAUUCAUGAGUUACAGUACCAAACUGCAGCCAGUUCAACAAUCGUUCCAGACUUGCUGCUUUACACAGUAUUUUCAAGUGAAAGAGCAUCUAUUAAAUUAUAGUAAAAGAUACUAGAAAUGCAUAUGGGAAUUGGGUUCUGAAGAAUGGCACACGGUAGUUUACAGCUUUACUUUUCAGGGAGGUACAAGGAAGUUUUUAUUUCUAAUGGCAUAAAUCUUCAAAGUCCACUGUACUUUCAUCUAGAAAAGCAUGUGAGUGUAGGUAUAUUGUCCCUCUAGUAUCAGAAUUUGUGUGGGAGACCUGUGGUUUUUCAGUAGGUGGUGUACUCCCCUGUUCUAGCAGAGAACAAGGAGAAAUGUGUUGUGGAAAGUGCCAUCUGCCAAAUGUGAUGGAAUGAAAUCAGAGUUUUAUUAAGCAUGAUCUUAUAUUCCUUUACUGCAGCACCUCCAGCAUGGUCAGCCUCUUGCAGGUUAUGAAGGGAUCAGGACCAGAAACUUUUACUUAAUCUGAAAAUCAGCAGUAAAUCAACUACUAAUACUUAGUUUUCUAACAGGCUGCAUAAAAAAAGUAUUUUCAAGAACAUAUAAGUAGAAUUUAAAAUUACAACUCUAACUACAAUGAUUAGACUAAAUAAUCUGUCAUCUUUUUUAAUAUAUGCAAAUGUAAAGAGAUGUAAGAACUGAAAUUCAGCAUCACCACAUAACUUGUGGCUUUGACAAAAAUGCAUUUUUGUAAUAAGAAUAAUCCACUCAGUUACUUUGUCUCUGCCUAAAAGUGACUGGCUCUAUUAUUACUGGCAUUAAGCAUAAUGUUUUAAAAGCUUUAAGGCUGUAAUAAAACAUUUGGUGGAAGUAUUUUAAAAACUAGGGGUUAUAAGUCAUAGACUCCUGUUUGGCUACAUGCAGAUGUGUGGGUGUGUAUGCUAAAAUACUAUCCAUAAAUUUAAACAGCUCUCUCAUAUAUGCCAAGACUGCCAUUCUAACUGCAAUUUUUGUUUGCCUCUCUAAACUUCUGAAAUUACUGCUCAUAUGUCAGAAAAGGGAAGGACCAACUCCCUGUUAAGAAAAAAUUGCUUCUAUCUUUUUAUUUCAAAAAAACCUAAAAUAAAACAUUGUCAUGAAAAAAUACUUUAAGUGACAUAGUCUAAAAUUCCAGUAAUAGUGUUAUUUAAAUUUUUUUAACUAGGUUGUCUGGUAAAGAAAUAUCUUUCAGUAAAUAUUCAAAAGUAUAUUGAAACAUAAGAAAUGUAAUAUAGAAGCUAACAAGUUAUAUAAGAAAAAGUUACAUCAUGUUUAAUAGCAUGCUACCAUGGCUUUAUUUGAAAAAGAGCCACAAAGAAGAGUAAAAAUACAAUCUAAUAUUGGCCUUUUUUGUAAAUUUUCAACAAGAAUUUAUGACUGAGAGAGACAUUUUUCUAAAGUUAGUAGGACUCACAAUUCUGCAGGACAUUUCUAAUUGUUUAACUUUACCUUUCUUCAAGGCUUAAACUGUUUAUUGAGCAAUAUUGUUUUAUUUUAUAUGGGUUAUUAUUAAUUCCAGAGAAAGAUUAUUCUUAAAUUAUUAAAAAUGUACAUUAUGAAGACUACUCCAACUCUGAGAGAUCGAUCCUCCAUAGGAAAACACCUAAGAGGUAUAGAGUGGAGAUGCACAUUUUUUGUCAUAUAUUGGGUUUUUUUGACAUAUAUACUUUUGUAAAAAUGCAGAAACAGUUUAAAGGCUCAAAUUUGGUUUUCCUUGAAGUCUGCUGUAAAAUGCUGUUAAUAGCUCUUGGAGCAAGAGCAGGUCCUUUGUAGGCUGUUUUCUGGUUAAAUUUAUCCUGAUCAGCAAGCUUGUAUCUCUUAAUACCAUAGUAUUAAAAUGUUUACAAUAAAAUUUGAGUUGUUUUUAA